UCCAUCUAUCAAUAAUCGAAAAGGACUGAAAGGUUAUCGAAAGGGACUGAAAUAGAUGAAGCACUUGUAAUGACCAGACAACAAUGGCACUGAUUUAUUUAUUUUCAUUUUUUCUCAUUGAUUGUUUAUUGAACAUGAACUCCUGAACACAAUAACAGAACUGAGAUGAUGUUACAAGAGCCCAAAAAGCCAAAGAAAGCAAUCAUAUCUUCAUGAGCAGUUAAACAUAUAUGGUCUGUUUCUGUACAUCUCCUCAAUAUAAAAUAUUAUAUUAAUCCGCAGUAAGAUCUGACAAUGGCAUUAAAACACUCCCUCUGUUACGCCCCAGAGGUCACGGGUUCGAUCCCCAGAGAAGUGUCUGACAAAUUCAUUAAUCUGAAUUAAAUAUUAUACAUCUGUUAGCGUAAUAAAGUGACAAUAAAUGUUUUGUUUAGUUUUAAAACAUACAUUACACUAUUAUUGAAGUUCAUAUUCCUGCACCUUGAGUCUGUGUUAUUUAUGAUUGAACUGUGUAAGAGGCCGAGAGGAGUCUGACGCCGUGUGUCCGCUCUGGAUCAGCUCCAGCAGAGUCUGCACCUGUUUCUGCUCCUCUCCCAGAUUGUCCCACAUGGAGGCCAUGAACUUGGACACCUCUCCGAAGCUGGCACGGGGGUUCUGGCCCUUGAUGGCGUCCCGCGUUUCUCUGAAGAAGAGUGUGUACGCAGACAUGGGCUUCUGCGGCUCGUUCGGGUCUCUCUUCUUCUUGCCCUUCUUCCCUCCGACUCCCUUCAGUGUGGGAGCAGCAGAGGAUGCUGGGACGGCCGUCUGCUCUGACAGAGAUGGCGAGAGGGAGAGAAGAGACGGGACACGGACAGAGACGACAGAGAGUCCACCAGAACAGUCUUCUGAGCAGGCAGAGACGAGAUCAGGCCACAGCUCAAACCCUCACCUCUUCUGACAAUGGAGAAUACACUGAAAUGUACCAGACUCUGUAUUUCAUUCUUCUUCUCAUUGCUCUCUGCUCCGUAUCUGAAUGUGUUCAGCGUCAGUAUCACUUUAUAAAUGAGAAGAAGACCUGGACUGAAGCUCAGAGAUACUGCAGAGAGAAUUACACAGAUCUGGCCACCGCUGACAACAUGAACGACACGAACGAGCUGAAGAAGAGUGUGAAUGAUUCAAGUGUUCAGUAUAUCUGGAUUGGGCUGCAGAAGACGGGUCGUGAUGAAUGGCACUGGUCUUCAGGUGAACCUGCGCUCUAUCUGAACUGGGCUCCUGGACAACCAGAAAAAAGAGAUUGUGGUAUUAUGACAAACGGAAAAUUUGAGGAUAUGUCAUGUAGUGUUGAGCGAUAUUUCAUCUGCAACAACACAAACACAGAACUUGUCUUAGUCGAUCAGAAGAAGAGUUGGAGAGACGCUCAGAGUUACUGCAGAAAGAAUCACAUUGAUCUGAUCAGUGUGAGGAACCAGAACGAGAAUCAACAGGUUCAGCAGAUCAUUAGAGAUAAUAACUCAUCUGGAUUAUGGAUCUGGAUCGGUCUGUUCAGAGACUCAUGGCAGUGGUCAGAUCAGAGUAACUCUUCAUUCAGAGACUGGGACACUGUUGAACCUAAUAAUUGGGGAGGAAAUGAAAACUGUACAGCUCUUAAUGCUCAGAGAAAAUGGCAUGACGUCUCUUGCACCAAUCAAUAUCCUUUUGUGUGUUAUGAAGAUCCUGAACUGAUUGUGAUCCGAGAGAAUGUGACGUGGUCUGAAGCUCUGAGAUACUGCAGACAGAAUCAUGUGGAUCUGGUCUCGGUUCAUUCAGAAGAGAUGCAGCGUCGUGUAAUGAACGUGGUUAAACUGGCGUCUACUGCGGAGGUGUGGUUGGGUUUACACAACUACUGCAUCAUGAACAUGUGGCUCUGGGUGAGUGGAGAGAUCGUGUGCUAUCAGAACUGGGCUCCGGGGAACGGAACGAAACCGGAAGACUGCAAACUUGAGAAGAGAAAAGGAGCAGUUCAGUCUGGAGGAGAUCAGCGCUGGAUCAGUCUUCCUGAGACUCACAAACUCAACUUCAUCUGCAGCAGAUAUUAAGAGUGAAGAAUCUUUUCUAUGUCUUUCUGAUUUUCUUUCAUGUUAAAGUUGCCAGAAGUCUUUAUGUAUUUGAAUUAUCAUGGAAUAAUGUGCUCUUAACAGCAUUGUUUAAUAUUCUUUAGAUGUCUAAAACACUAAAAUAAUAUAUGUCUGUGUUUUAAGAAUCUCUUUGUGUAUCCGGUGUGGUCUCUUUUUUAUUUUGCACUAAUCGUAUAUUACUAUAUUUGAUGUGAUUCUGUGAGCAGCAGCUCUUGAGAAAAAAAUGACUUGUUUCUCAGCAGAAAUGAAAUCUGAUUAUUCAUAGACAUUCAGAAAUGAAGUUUGGGUAUAAAAUCUUGUGUUUGAUCCAAACAGAACAUCAGCUCAAAUAAAUUCAUCUGCAGCCGA